AUGUCAAAAGAUACUCCAGAAAUAUCAAGGCCCAUUCUAUCGACCUCUUUAUCUGUAGAGGAAGGAUUUGACACGUCUUUCUUGUCCAAUGGAUUUAGGGAUAUGCCUAUGAAUUGCUUCAAGGUCCGGAACUCGUCCAAUUCUACAAAUAUAUCGAUAAACAACGGUAUCCUCCAAGGAAAUCUCGACAGAAGCUCUGAGCUUAUGAAAGUAGAGAAUGAGUCUGUACGGUUGUAUGAGGGAGAACUAUCUAAAUGUUCCACUGUUCCAGUUGGAGUUAGCCAUGAUCAAACAGACUUAAAUAUCAAUAUUCAAUAUCAAAAUUUCCAAAAUCAGUCAUGUGGGAUGGAAUGUUUUGUUCAAUUUGGGAUAAAUUUUAAUGUCGAGCCAGGGCUUCAUGAUAACUUUCCAAUUCGACAUGAUCUUGGCUAUGACGCAAACUCGAGACCAAUCGUUUCUCAAUUUUUUCAAGGCUGUCCACAGACAAUGAAUGAGGAGGGUGCUAGUGGCCAAACUAAUUUGCAAUACUCGACAUGCCCUAUCACAGAUCAAAGUAUGCACUCAAAUUUACUAGAAAGACACCUUCAGACAGUUUAUCCAAAUAAGGAAUGGCAAAUUAAUCAGGCUUUUAAUACACCGGGUAUUAUUACAAACUCAACUGAUGGCAUCUCGACACCCAUCUUAGAACAGCCACAAAACGGUUCACAAAGUCCGAGUAUCUGUAGCACCCCGGAACUUCCAUCUCAAACAAAUUGUUGGCAUGGCCAUUUAACUAAUUUUUUCGACCCGUCGUUAGAAAGUUACAAGCCUAUAUGCUAUAGCAAUUCCUCGCUUGUCGAUUACUCAAAUUUAGAAAGUGGUCAAGACCGCAGUUCACAAACAAGAGAUGAAUGGCUAAGCUCAAAUUCCUCAUCGACAACUACCUCUCCAAAAGAAAUUGCUUCCAACAAAAUAUCACCACUUUUAUCCAUAGAUUCUAGUAAUACAUUUCCAAUUCGGGAAAAGUUUAAGACUUUUAUAAGUGUGAAAGAACAACAGGAAACUCACAAUCCACAAGUUUCGCCAUCGACUCUUCCGCUACCAUCUAUUCAUGAUGAUCUAAGGCUCGUAGAAAAUUUUGACUCUGGCCAGGACUAUUAUACCGACUUAAGUUCCGAAUGUAAUAGUUACAGCAAGGAUGAAAUUCUUGAAAAAAUAGCCACUGUCAAACAGCCACUGUGUAAAAGAGGAGCCCUAACCUAUCCAUCUCCGCCGGCUAUAUGCCAUUUUCAGGGUAAAACGGGCAACAACAAGAAUACAUCGACUCCAUUGGUACGACGAACUGCUAGAGACGAAUUUCUCAUACAAAAAAAAAAGGCAGGAAUGUCCUACAGGGAGAUUAAGCGAGAGGGAGGGUUUAUAGAGCCCGAGUCUACGUUACGUGGGCGUUUUCGCACAUUGACAAAAGCCAAGUCUGCGCGAGUGAGGAAACCAGAGUGGUCGGAUAAUGAUGUUCAUCUCCUAAAGCAAGCAGUCGAUAAAUUAGGUCCGAAAAAAAGUUCUGGUAAGAUACCAUGGAAGAAAGUGGCCAGUUAUAUUCUAGAUAAUGGUGGCUCCUACCAUUUUGGCAAUUCUACAUGUCGGAAACGGUGGGACGAGAUAAAAAAUACGCCCUAA